UUAACAAACCACUGUUAGAAAUGGAGGAUAACAGAGACAUCAGUAGUAAGGAUAACCAAAAACUACGGAGUUCUUCGGCGAGUUCGACAUCAGCGUUCGAAGUACUUAUGACUAAGGCAGGCAGUCGAAGUCGCCUAAUCCCGUCGUCGUCGGAUCCUUUGAAUAAAAGCAAGUUUGGAAAAUACUUCAAGCUACUUCCACAUACACUAUUAAAUUUAGAGGAUAACAUCGAAGAAGACAGGACCGAAAUUGUCCAUACUGAUGCGUCAGACACCAACGCUAACUCUCAGACAUCAAAUUCAAGCUCAAAUAAAGGAAUUGGAAAAACUCAAGUCCAAUGUGAAUUUAAGUUAAUAGAUGGAAGCACAGUUUGUGGCACAGUGUUGAAUCUUCAGCUAAACUCCUACGCAAAUUUGGGAAAGCAUCUAAAGCGAAAACAUGGUUUGGUCAUCGACGAAACAGUGCACAAAAAACAAAAGGAAACUCAACAGUCUCUCCAAGAAUUUGUAUCUUCGAAGGAGCCUUACGCCAAUGAUCAUCCAAAACAGAAAGAGUUUGAUGACAACGUGCUGACCAUGAUGUCACUUGACAUAUUACCACUGAACUUUGUAAAUGGCAUUGGAUUUAAGAAAUGCGUUAAAAAUCUGGAUCCGAAGAUAAGUAUUAAAUCAAGGCAAGGAUACGUAAAACGACUUCAAAACAUAAUUUCUUUGAGGGUAUCUCCAGCUAUUAAGUCUAAUCUCUCCAAAGUUGAACCACGAUCAUGUCACUUUUCACUGGAUAUAUGGUCAACUCGUCGAAGAGAAGGAGUUUUGGGCAUUUGUGCUCACUAUAUCAAUGCCAACUGGGAAUACAAAAGUUGUUUGAUUGGCUUCCGAAUUUUGAAAGAACGUCAUACGGCCGAAUAUAUUCGAGAAGAAUUUAUGGAAUGUCUAAGGUCGCUGAAAGUUCCUAAUGCAUGGGGGGGAUAUGUGGUAACUGAUAACGCAUCAAACAUGAUUAAAUGUUUCGAAAUGACGGACGAGUAUGAUGAAGAUGAACUUGACGAACAAGUUUCUGAACAGCAGGAAGAGGACCUUGAAGUCACCACAGACGAUAGUGACGACGAAGAGAUAGGGGAUGAUGAAGAUGUUGAUGACGAAGAUAUUUCGCUGUUAAACUCAGACGAGGACUUCGGGGAACCAGCAAAACCCGAGUUUGUGGAUCAUAUGGGGUGCAUUGCCCAUACAUUACAGCUUGGCGUCAUCAGUGCUUUAAAAACCGACGAGAAUUCAAAAACUUUCAUUUCAUACAUUAAAAGUGUGAUGGUUUUCUUCAAAAACUCAACAAGAUGGAGCGAUGACCUGAGGACUGAAACUAAACUUGAUGUUGUAUUUCCAGCCAAGACGAGAUGGAAUGCGACUUUGGAUAUGGUUCAACGUUUCAAGCAGGAUAAGUUCUUCAAAGCAAUACGAAAUGUGCUUGACCGUGCCACGGUAGAAUUUCGACCUUCCAAAAUCACAACUGUAAACAAGAAGAAGGUUCCACCAUUGGCUCCCACAAUGGAAGAUCUGAAGAAAGCUGAGGAGUUGUAUACUAUACUUAGACCGAUGGGAGACGCUACAGAUGAAAUGCACUCGAGCUCAGUAACUGCGAAUUUGGUAGUUCUUGUUACCACGCAAGCCUAUCGAAGACUACAAAACCUUUCCGUCACUUAUUUUAAAGCCUUGCAAAUUCAAUUGAUUGAGCAGCUACAAAAUCGAAUGAAUCCAAUCAUUCAAAAAUCCGAGGUUCUUGUUGCCUCUAUUCUGGAUCCUCGAAUCAAGCUCAACGUCUUUAAACUGUCGACAAACUCGGGGGCGGAUGGCGACAAUGGUACCCCUCAAUUGAAGGUUCCAUCGUUACAAACUGCUACGGACGUCAUUAGCCUGUUUUUUGAGGUUGAAGAGAUUAAUUAUACUAAUGCUGUUAAAAAGGAUGGCCCUGAAAAAUCGGGAGACCAGACGACCAACUCCAACGUAGAUGAUGCAGUGUCUUCUUCACGCGACAAGGACAAAACGUCACUAUUUGAUGUUUUACGAGAGGUUCCUGCAUCAACCCCAGUUGAGAUUAGCGAACUCCAAAUCUAUCUUCACGAAUCUAAUUCGCCAGCAUCACAAAAUCCACUUAAUUAUUGGAGGGACAACGAAUGGCGUUUUCCGAUAUUAGCUAAACUUGCAAAAAAACACUUGGCCUUCCCUGCAAGCUCUGCUGGGAUGGAAAGAAUAUAUUCCAUUGCUGGUGCAAUAGCUCGGGCCAGAAGAGCAAGAAUUUCAGUAAAAAAUUUGGCAAAUUUAUUGCUUCAUAGAGAAUUUUUGAAUGUUAAAUAGACUCGAUCGUUUGGUACGCAUUUUAUUAUUUGACCAACAGCCUAGGCUGUUGGUCGAAUGCAUUAUUGGCUUACACUUUUUUUCGGAUUGAAUUUAUUUAUGACCAUCGCUUAUUUUUAUAACUCACAUAGGACAUAAAUAAACAGUUUUUCUUACUAGUUGCUACUUCUACAUGCUUAAUUAUUCUUUUAAACUCUCACGUUCAUUCAUUGCAUAGUGAGUUUUGUGGUUGGAUUUCUAAAAUUAAAUAUCGUUUCCGAGAAAUCCUUUUUUUUCUCAAUUCCAACUUGGAACAUCCAAGUAGUUCCAAGACACUCCAGCUUUUUCUCCAAUGUGAAUUACAUAUGUACGGUAUGUGUGCGUAUUACGGCCGCAGUCGGCUGCUGAUUUUCAAGUUGUCAACAACAUUUCUCUCGCUCCUCUCACUGACAUACACUCAUACGUACCACACCAGUAUUGUGAUGAUAAGUAGUUUAUAUCACCUCAUCAGAUAAAAUAUUCAAUACCACCACACCCAAAUAAGUUCGUUAACUUUGUGACUUUAAAUGUCUCAACUCCUCCCAGCCGGUUAUCAUGAUGACGAAAGUGAUGGUCAAGUUGAUUUGUAUGACACCUUCGAUUUUGGAUUUAACGUAAGUAAAUCAUUUGUAUAUAAUUUUUAAUAAACAAUAGAAUUUUCAGUAGACAAAAUUACAAGACCAACAACCUAGGUUGUUGUUCUUGAUUUUUUAUA